AUGCCUCUUAGCAGCUCUGGAGCGGGGUCUACUCCGAUCCUGCAUCGCGUUGGGCUGGCGGGCGCAGCAGCUCGGUUUUACCAUCGCUCGUAUGCCGCCGAUUAUUUGGCAUUGGGGUUCCUGGCCAUGGGCUGGUUGCUGAUCCAAAUCUUUGUGAAUCCGUUCCAUCGCAUGUUUUCCCUUGAUAAUAAGGCCAUUCAGUACCCUUUCGCCGUCCAUGAACGAGUCCCUGUCGUGAUGUCUGUCAUUUACGCCGGUGUCAUUCCCUUCCUCAUAAUCCUCGCCUGGUCCGCAAAGUUUCACCCGGGAGUCCAAAAGACACAAGUCACCGUUCUCGGGCUACUAGUGGCCCUUAUGAUGACCUCUUUCCUGACGGACCUGAUCAAAAAUGCCGUCGGUCGACCUCGUCCAGAUCUCCUGUCCCGUUGCAAGCCGUCCCGGGGCACUGCCGAUAACAUGCUAGUCGCAUGGACUGUCUGUACCGAGACCAAUCAGCAUAUUCUACAAGAAGGAUGGCGAAGCUUUCCUAGUGGGCAUAGCAGCUUCUCUUUUAGCGGCCUGGGCUACCUGUCUCUCUUCUCCUGUGGCCAGAUGCAUAUCUUCCGCCCUCGGGCAGAUUUGGGCCGGUGUCUAUUGGCCUUCUUCCCCCUUCUCUGUGCUGCGUUAAUUGCGAUUUCCCGUCUAGAUGACUACCGUCAUGACGUUUGGGAUGUAACGUGUGGAGGGUUCCUGGGAAUGCUGGUGGGCUGGUUCUCCUACCGUCGUUACUAUCCAUCGCUGCGAUCAGUCAACUGUGACACCCCUUACGAUAAAGUUGAGCUUUCCGGUGUGGAUGGAUUUAGCCGAUUGGAGGAUGAGGAGCAGGCGAUAUCCAGCCCCUUCAUCCAACGUGAAGGAACUGGCUCUGAUGAGAAUUAUCAGCUGGAAGAGACAAAUUCACCAAUCAUGAAUUAG